UAUACCGUCGUAGACGAUCGGUGCUGAUUGCUGGAAUAAGUUGGUGCUUGAAAGCUACUUUUCUGAGAGUUGGAAGCGUGUUUUCUUGAUAAGUAAAAAUGGUGUCCUUGAAUCCAGUUAGAAUCUUGAAGCGUGAAGCUGAGGAAGAUAAAGCAGAGACAGCUCGGCUGUCAAGUUUUAUUGGAGCUGUAGCCAUUGGUGACUUAGUGAAGAGCACUUUGGGUCCUAAAGGCAUGGACAAGAUCCUUGUAUCUCAGGGCAGGAAUGAAGGCCAGGUUGGGAUUACUAAUGAUGGAGCUACUAUUUUGAAGGCAAUUGGUGUAGAUAAUCCAGCGGCAAAAAUCCUUGUGGAUAUGUCGCAUGUACAGGAUGAUGAAGUUGGAGAUGGUACAACCUCUGUUACUGUUCUGGCUGCGGAAUUGCUCCGGGAAGCAGAGAAGUUGAUAGAUCAGAAAAUCCAUCCACAAAUCAUCAUAACUGGUUGGAGAAAAGCAACACAAGUAGCACGUGAUGCUUUAACAGCUGCAUCUAUGGAUAAUAGUGCUGAUACUGCACGGUUUAAUGAAGACCUCCUGAACAUAGCCCGCACUACUCUGAGCUCCAAGAUCUUGUCGCAGCACAAGGAAUACUUCUCCAAGUUAGCUGUGGAUGCAGUGCUGCGACUCAAGGGAUCUGGAAAUCUUUCUGCUAUCCAAAUCAUCAAGAAAACUGGAGGCACAUUAGAGGAUUCUUUCCUUGAGGAAGGUUUCCUUCUGGACAAAAAAGUGGGAUUGCACCAGCCCAAGCGUGUUGAGAAUGCUCGCAUACUAAUAGCAAAUACCCCUAUGGAUACUGACAAAAUCAAAGUUUUUGGAUCUCAGGUACGGGUUGACUCGAUGGCUAAAAUAGCUGAAAUGGAAUUGGCUGAGAAGGAGAAGAUGCAAGAUAAAGUGAACAAGAUCCUUAAACAUAAUGCAAAUGUGUUUAUUAAUAGACAGUUAAUCUACAAUUACCCGGAGCAGUUAUUUGCGGAUGCUGGUGUUAUGGCUAUUGAACAUGCUGACUUUGAUGGUAUUGAACGCUUGGCACUUGUCACAGGAGGAGAAAUUGUCUCUACGUUUGAUAACCCUGAGCUUGUGAAGCUUGGACAUUGUGAUGUCAUUGAACAGGUUAUGAUUGGUGAGGACACACUUCUUCGUUUUGGUGGUGUGGCAUUGGGUGAAGCUUGCACAAUUGUGAUAAGAGGUGCCACACAACAGAUACUUGAUGAAGCGGAGCGCUCUCUUCAUGAUGCUCUUUGUGUAUUAGCAGCAACUGUUAGGGAGACUCGUACUGUUUAUGGUGGAGGCUGCAGUGAAAUGCUGAUGGCUUGUGCUGUGCAGGCUGAGGCAGCCAGGACUCCUGGCAAAGAUUCUGUUGCCAUGGAGUCAUUUGCUAAGGCUUUGCAGACAUUGCCGACGGCAAUUGCGGAUAAUGCUGGCUAUGACUCUGCACAGUUGAUUAGCGAGUUGCGUGCAGCUCACAGUCAGGGAUUUAACACCAUGGGACUUGACAUGGAUCAGGGAAAAGUUGGGUGUAUGAAGCAGCUUGGCAUAACAGAAUCAUUUGUUGUGAAGAGGCAGGUAGUCUUAUCAGCUUCAGAAGCAGCAGAAAUGAUUCUGCGUGUUGAUAAUAUAAUCAAAUGUGCGCCAAGGAAGCGAACUCAAGAUCGAGGCCACUGUUAAUUGAUCUGAUGUUUUCUACAGUAUUUUGUUAAACAAUAAACAUUUCAUUAACUUCCUAAUAUUUUCAUUGUCACUUUAUAUGAUGUUACUAAUGCUAGCAAUGUGAGAAGUCCCAGAUCAGAUGCAAUCUCAUACAGUUUGGCUACCCACUUUGUUAUGGCCUUAAAUAACCAAUGUUUAGCAAGCUAAGCAUAAUUGUAACUGAAGCAUUUCUUCACAUUCUGAUUCUGUACUCUUUACUGGAUAUUUUCAUUUUAAUGAUAUUUGUUGUAACAUUUCAGAAUAAAGUAAAUAACUUGA